AGCGAAUUUAGACAUCUCAACGAUCAUCGGCCACAAAGCAAAAACGGUUACUAUUGUGUGGAGGUCACAGCUUUGUGUGUGUGACAGUGUGUGUAUCUGAGACAUCACUGUGCAGUGUGUGUGGGUGGGUGCGUGUUGCGCCGUUGUGCAGUGUGUGUGAUGUCUUCAGAGCUGCUGGUAGACUUGGGUGAAGACCCUGCAACUGCACAGUUGGGACAGCUGAAGCUGGCUACAAUAGAGGACCAGCAGUGGCCUGCUGAUGAUUCCACUAUCAGCAAGUCAGAGACAGACAUCUCCCAGCACUUUGACGCUGGCUCUCCCCACCUUCCCUGGGACCACCCCUUCUAUGACAUCGCCAGACAUCAGAUCAUUGAAGUGGCAGGCGAUGAUAACUUUGGUAGGAAGGUGAUUGUGUUCAAUGCCUGCAGGAUGCCCCCACAACAUCAGCUAGACCAUCACAAACUGCUAAUGUAUCUUAAAGGAACACUGGAUCAGUAUGUAGAAAGUGACUACACUCUGAUCUAUUUCCAUCAUGGGCUGACCAGUGAAAACAAACCAUCUCUCGGCUGGCUACGAGACGCAUACAGGGAGUUUGACAGAAAGUAUAAGAAGAAUAUCAAGGCUCUAUAUAUUGUCCAUCCCACCAUGUUUAUCAAGACUCUGCUGAUCCUCUUCAAACCGAUCAUCAGUUUUAAAUUUGGCAGGAAGAUCAACUAUGUGAGCUAUCUGAGUGAGCUGGAGGACGUGGUGAAGUGUGAGCAGCUGGUUAUUCCUGCCCGUGUCAAAGAGUACGACAACAAGUUGAGAGCAUCUCUGAAACCAGCUGCCCAGCCUCCCAUGUCUCCUCCUCGCAGCCCUCCCCUCCCCAACCAGAUCUUUGGGGUUCCACUCACAGUUCUCAGGCAGAGGAGUCCAGAUAAUGAUUCAGUUCCUGUGGUGAUGAGAGACACCAUUAGCUUCCUUUCAGAGCAAGGUUUGGAGAUUGAGGGCAUCUUCAGACGGUCUGCCAAUGUGACCCUGGUAAAGGAGGUCCAGCUCAAGUACAACUCAGGUACGGCAGUUGACUUCAAAGAGAUGGAAGAUGUCCACUUAGCUGCUGUGAUUCUGAAGACGUUUCUAAGGGAACUACCUGAGCCUCUGCUGACUUACCAACUCUACAACGAUAUUGUCAACUUCACCUCUGUGUCCAAUGACAGUCAGGUUACAGUGAUGAAGACUUUGGUAGAGUCACUGCCAGAGGAGAACUACAAGUCACUGAGAUACCUCAUCACGUUCCUUGCACAGGUGUCAGCUAAUAGUGAAGUGAAUAAGAUGACUAACAGUAACCUGGCUGUGGUUUUUGGUCCCAACCUGCUCUGGGGGCGGGACAACGCCAUGUCACUCAGCGCCAUUGGACCAAUCAACAACUUCACCAGAACCCUGCUGGACCAGCAACAUCUGGUCUUCACCUAAAUCCUGGCCCAUUCUCUUCCAGUCAGAACCUCCGCUGAGAGGAUACUUCUCAACCCACUGCACUUAGACUAAACCAACUCCCUCUGCUUUCCCCUUUAAACACCUACAGUAAUAUCCCAUGAACCAAUAACAUUUCAUUUUUGUCUCCAACCAGUCAACAUUCUGAUUGGGCCACAAGCAGAGCAUGUUGUGUUUGAAGUGGUCAUUUCCAGUCCAGAUCAAAGUUGCAACUUCAGGCAUAAAUGGACAUAAAUCGAAUUGUACAGUAAUGCUCUCUCUAAAAAUGACUUAUAGCACAAAAUUCAACUUAUCCAAGCUUAUAAAUUGAAUUCUCAUCCAUUCACAGUGACUCUCUCUGGUCCGACAUAUUUAACAUCACUUGUUCGUGGCAAAGUUUUGACCAGGCAGGUCAUUUAUUUUUGCUACUUUUGUGUUGCCUGGAAUAAUUUCUUUCAACUUGUGCAAAAAUGUUUAGUUUCAAAACCAAAACAGUGAUCUGUGAGAAAAUUCUGAGUCUCUCAAUCAGUCACUGCCUGGUUGCAAUACAGGCAACCUUCUUGACUCCUCCACCACCUUACUACACGCAACCAACCCUUCUACUUCUACUAGAAAUUCUAGCCCUAAUUGCAUGUGUUUAUAGUUAACUGUCUAAGUGAACACAGUCUGACUGUAGUCUUGUAGCAGUUGGAAAUAGAGUCUCUAGACAUCCCUGUCAUCUCUGUAUAUCUGUGCAGUGCUGUUGUCAGUAUGUCUCUCUGCUGUUUUCUAUAUAGUGCCAAAAAACAACAGAAAAAUGGCCUCCAGUGUUCUGAGAAAGACCCAGAGAGAAUAAUAAUUCUAGAUAAUUACAGAGAAAAGCAAUGCAGUUACCAAAUGUCACCUCUAGGAUUAUGCUCCAAAAAAAGAGAUAAAAGAUAAAGAGAGUGGAGGUGCACCUCCAUGAUAGUUUCUCAGGGGAAAUUGAAAAAAAAUGAACCUGGUACCAAACAGUGUGGACAAUCUAUAAUGCUGUAAUUAAAGCAGCUAGCAAAAUAUGAGUUGUGUCAUUAUACCGGCAACUCAGAAAAUGUUGGAGGAAAUCAGUGCUGGAGCUGGUGUAAGUAGCAGCAGCUCUAUAAUAUACUGUACCAUAUCAUGGUAUGACUCUUUAUGGCUUUCUCCUACAUUUGACUUAAUAUUAUUAUUCCUGGAUUUAGUCAGCAUAACUUCUACCCCUGUUACAACAUUAGAAUUCACCAAACUCUCAGAGUACUUCUCAGAGUAGCUUUUUUUAAUGGUACGGAAUAGACAGCAGACUUACAGUAGCUCCAUACAAUGAAGUGGAAUAUUCAGUUGUAGAAAUCUGGAAAACUUACCCGUGUUCUGCUGGCUAGAAUAAGCAGGAAAAUUACUUUCAGUCUUUAACAGAUAACUCAUUCCAUUUUUCCUUAGUGCCAGAAAAUUCCACCUUAAAGACCAAAACUAACAUUGUUAGUCUGUCUUUUAAUACGUUCUUAUUUCCCUACCAUGUUUAUCUUAUCCAAACAACCACUAGAUUAGAAGCUAUAGCCUCAUGUUAGUUUUAAAUUCCAUUUUCACUCCAGGUUAUAGCCAGGGCUGAAUAAAUUAAAUGCGCUGGCACUAGGUUUAGUAGAAGACUUAUAUGAAAACAAAUACCAAUCUUAUUAUCAUGAAUCACAAAAAUUGAACCAAGCUCUAUUCAGGGAAAGUUGGAUGCAUGAUUUUGAUUUGAAACAUCACGUCAGCUGGGUUAGUCAGUAAAUUGUUCACAUAAUGUACUGAUGUCAUUCUUCAGGAUUUCUGGGAGUUGAAAGCUUGUGCCCAGUGCAGCUGUUGGACUCCUGGUUGUUGUGUUGUUGUGUGAGGAGACUGUUGGUCUGAUCACAUGACAGUACUGAUGCAAGUUAUCAUCAUAAUCUUUGUGUUGGGUUGUUGUAAAUCAUUAUUCUUUGUUUUCCUCUAAUAGUAAUGAUUUUGUCAUCUUUAGGUGCAUGGCAUCACCUCUGUGUGCAUUCUGGAUAAUUGAGUUUGGAAUGGAAGAUGGUGCAAUAGUAAUCCUUUUUAUUUAUUUUUAUUCAUCCUAUAUAGGCUUGGAAUAUUACUUUAAAUAAUUAAUCAUAAUGAUGUGAGUUUUAUUUAUAUCUUUAGUUGCCUUACAUUUUGCUUGAGGCUUUGUCACUAAUGGAGCCUGCCCAAGUUGUAUGAUGGUUUCUGGAUAUCAGCAGGGUCCUCUGGUCUGUCAGUUAGGGAUCUUCUAUGCUGAGCUGUGUGAUUAUUGAAAAUAACACUCAGCACAAGGGGUUGAUUACUGAACCUCUUGAGUGCAUUUGUUUUUUCAUGCAGUUUGGUGUGAAUUAUCUUGCUUGUACAGUACCAUGUCAUCUUGCCUACAAACAUUUCAGCAUUGUUCAUUCACUUUUUAGUACAAAACACUGUUUAGAUAUAAACUUUGUCAACCUUGAAAUAGACAGAAGGAGUUGUAGACUUCCAGUUUUAUCUGCCCAGGACUCUCAAAACUCAAAACAAAUGAAGAAAUCUGAGAUAAAACAUCACUCUUAAACAAUCUGCGAUGUAGGUUCAUCUGGUUUUAAAUGGUCACAAGCCAAAAAUGUUUAGAAACCAGUGGUGUAUGGUACACUAGUGAUACACAGUACAGGUUUAAGUCACUGUUUGUAAGCUCCAUUUAGACCUGCUUCAGCUACAUCAUCAGUCCACACUAACAGCGGCUUCAAAAGAGCUAUGUGAAUAUAAAAAAGAAAUAAUCAGAAGGCAGAGGGCUAGCAGUUUCUGUACUUUGUUGUGAAUCUUCAAACUUUAUUUCUGGUCAUCAUUCAGUUUCCAAAGCUUUAGUUCAGAUACCUUUCUCAUUUUCUGCCAAACUUUCUCCAAAUUCCACUCAUUCAAAUCUUUGUGUUCUGUCACAUUCAAAUCAUAGCUAUAUAAGACUUUGGCUGUAUUGUCACAGGAACAAAACAGUUACCUUUGUCCUGUGUGACCCUGAUCAGUUUUGUCCCCUUUCUGUGGUCAUGCAGUCUCUGGUGAUGACUCCUGGCCAAACUCUGCUAUUGAUUCAGUUGUCUUUUAUUCUGUAAAAUGGCCAAAAAAAAAAUCAAAUCUUUGCUUAUUGUAAGCCCCAGUCAUGUCAGUGUCUUGGUAUUUUGACAUGUUAUUGGUGUAUACAUGAAUGUGUGUAUGUGUGUGAGUGUAAAUGGCCUCAAAUAGACACAAUAGGUCUAAUUCUUGGGGUUAAAGUAUAUAGCUAAAAAAUGAAAAACUCCUGGCUGAGGUAUGUGUGUGUGUGUGUGUGUGUAUACAUAUAUAUAUAUAUAUAUAUAUUGUUGUAAUGUGGAAACAUAGUGACUCGAGUUUUGGUGAUUCUUAUUAUUUGAGAUAAGGACUCUUUAGGUUGAGAAAGUUGUACAACACAGCUGUCAAGACCUAUUCAAAACCUCAUUGCAAAAAUAAGAUGAGACCAAGGUAGUUUUUCUUAGCCCAUGAAAGACUGACUAUAUGUAUGUGUGUGUGUAAGUGAGAGUGUAUGCAUGCAUGCAUGCAUGCAUGCAUGCAUGCAUGCUUGUGCCUUAUUUGUUUUCCCCAAGUGAUCAUGUGAUUAGCCAUCAAAGUGCCAGUGUGCCCAUUCUGCCAUAAAUUAAAACAACCUGAGGUGUGUUCCACAAAGCUUUGGUGUUUGUAUGUUAAACAGUGUUCAAAUUUGGAUGCUAACAGGCACAGCAAACACAAAGGGGACAAUGGAGCUCCUUGUCAAACUCCUCAUCUGGUUGAACACAGCUCAACUGUAAUGGAUUAUGUAAUGGAUAAUGGAUUAUAGCAGGCUUGAGAAAUGUAACCCUCAUAAAUAUGGAACCCAUAACUACUAAAGAGGAUUAAAGCUACAAGAAAAAAAUUAGUUCUCAUUACGUUAUUUUAAUUUUAAGGUUACACAUGCUUCAAUAAUUUCUAUAAUAUCAAAUGAAUCUAAUGGAUUUAACAAUUAUUUUUUAUCAUCCACAUACAACUAGUAUCAGCUGUUGUUGCAGAUAUUAAAAACAUGUGACUUCAUGCUCUUCAAGCACUUCAGAAUCCAACUAUAUUUUUUUCCAUCUUUUGUUUUACAGUAAAAUCAACCAAGUAUCUUUCAUGUUAUUUAAUUUCUAUACAAAUGUUUCUCCUCAACUCUGCUGUUCGAUUACAGUCCUGCAUAAUCUAUGGAUCUUUGUACUGUACAGUUGUCAUGGUGACAGUGAACAAUAUUCCUCUCUGGGAGAAAUUAUUUGGUUUCAAGGCAGAUUUAUUGAUACUUAGUGAUGUUAUUUUCUGAACUCUUUUUCAUCCUUUACUUUUGAUAUGCUGUGGAUCUUACUCUUAUAUAUGUACUGUAUAAUAUAAUGGUAAUAAGCUGUAAUAUCAAUGUGUGCAAACAAUAAACAAAUGGUGAAAGACA